UUCCAGCGCAUUCCGAAUCGACGCCUCUUGCCUGACUACUUCGACAUCAUUUCGGAGCCUGUGGCUUUCAGCACCAUCCGAGGCAAAAUCCAAAAGAAGCAGUACACUGCCUUCGCCGAAUUCGUCAAAGACGUCGCCCAGAUAUGUCACAACGCGCAAGUUUACAAUCGUCCUUCGGCGCCAAUCUUCGGCGCUGCUGAGCGGCUUCGAGAGAUCUUCCAGGAGGAGCUCAAGAAACUUGUCGAUAGCGGCGACAUCACGGCCGAAGAUGCGCGUCUGCCGGACCUGGGAGAGCUGCCACCCGUCGAAGAAUCGCCCUCGCAGCAGUCUGAAGAUGAAGACGAACAAGAUGAGAGGAUGAAGGGGACUGGCAAUGAUGACGACGACGACGAGGAGGAUGAGGAUGAGGAUAGCGACGAGGAUUCCGACGAUGAAGACUACAAAGGGCGAAAUGGACGACGCCGCACAUCGGAUCGAGCGAGCCGCGCAAAUGGUAAAGAUGCAAAAUUCCAACAGAAAAGAGGCCGGCCGCCGAUGGUCCUUACCCCAACGGAAGCCAGGAUUUUCUCCGUCCUCAAAGAGCUUAGGAAGAUCAAGGAUGCAGACGGGAAUCCGCUUGCUGCGCCGUUCGAUAGGCUUCCGGACAAGGCCAUCGUUCCGGACUACUACCAGAUAAUCUCGAACCCCAUUGCGCUGGACAACAUCAAGAAGAAGGCGAAGCGGAAGAAGUAUCAAAGCGUCGACCAGGCGCUAUCGGACCUCGAGCUCAUGUUCGAGAAUGCCAAGCUGUACAACGAGGAUGGCAGCCCGGUGUAUGAGGCCGCUGUGAAGCUGCAGCAGCAAGCUCGGGUACUGGCAGAACAAGAAAAGCUGAAGCCAGACGACGAUUUCCGAGAUGAGGAUGGGAAACUGCCUUUGUCAAGCAUUGAGUACAACGGAGAAACUUGGAGAGUUGGCGACUGGGUGCAUAUUCGCAAUCCCAACGACCUAGCGAAGCCUAUUGUCGCGCAGAUCUUCCGCACAUGGCAGGAUCGCGAGGGCCAGAAGUGGAUCAACGCGUGCUGGUACUACAGGCCAGAGCAGACAGUUCAUCGAUUCGAAAAGCACUUUUACGAACGCGAGGUUGUCAAGACGGGCCAGUACCGUGAUCAUCCGAUUGCGGACGUCAUUGACCGCUGCUACGUGAUGUUUGUCACUCGAUUCAACAGGGGACGGCCGCGCGGACUAGCGCCAGACAAGGAAAUCUACGUCUGUGAAUCUCGGUACAACGAGGAGAAGUUCUACUUCAACAAGAUCAAGACUUGGGCCAGCUGCCUACCAGAUGAGGUGCGAGACAAAGACUACGAGAUGGAUUUGUUCGACGUUCCUCGUCCGAUGAAGAAGAUACCCAGCCCAAUCAAGCAUCUCCUGCGCGACGAUGCCAAGGAGACGGACGAGCUCCCGCGACCAACGUGGGGAAGCCCGAACGCGCCCCCCAUCAUCGGCGCCGUCCAUCGUCGGCCACCGGGGCCCAAUGAAUCGCCUCCUCCAGAGUCAAUGAUGCCUACGAUGCCUGCCCACCCUAAGAUACCCGCGGAGCCGAUGCAGCGCCUUCCCAUGAAUCCCGGGGUGAAAGACGCCACGAGUGAGGCAGCUAGAAACGGAGCCAUGCCCUAUGCCAUGGUUGGUGCAGUGCCACCUCCGGGCCAGUAUUACGGACACCACCACACACCACAUUUCCAGCCGGUCCCUCCAAGCGCCGGGCCAUCCAUACCACAGACGCCGGUGCCGAUACCUCACCCGCCACAGCAAACCCCGCCACCGCACAUGUCGAUGCGGCCAUUGCAAUACCAACAAUAUCAGCCUCCUCAGCCCGCAUACAUGCAGAACUACAACCCAGGCUAUGCCCCAUCACCAGUGCUGCCCAUGCACCACCAGCCGGCACCGAUGCCACGACCGACAGGAUACAUGCAGGGCCACAAUGCCGCAAUUCCUAGGCCCCCAGGCGUGGGGACGCCCGGCAUGCCUCAGGCACAUGGCAACAUGUAUAACCCACCGCGACCCCCCGAGGUCUACACGUUGCCAGAUAACAUCAACGAGACCCUGCCCCCAGCAGUCCGGCAGGCGUUCCAGCACGAUGAGGCUGGACGAGUGCUGUUCUUUGCCGCUGCUCCUCUCGACCGUUCCACCAAAGGCCUCUCGCCGCUGAGCUCAGGGCUCGGCCACAGCGCCAAAUAUCUUGCUGGACGGGGUAAAUGGCUGGCCGAACGCGAGAGGAAGCGGAAAGAGAGGGAUGAGCAGUUGACUGCCUUGCGACAGAAACUGCGGCGUACUGAGCAGCAGCCCGACGAGUCUCCGGUCGUCUCACAGGCCGCUCGUGCUCUGGAGUUGUUCUUCCAAAAUCUGAGCCAAGACACUGAACGUCUAAAGAACGACGUCGGGCUGUAG